AUGCGUGGGAUAUACACCAUUUCACCUGCUCUAUCUCCAGUCAAAAGUCUACAAACUAUUAAGUUUGGUCUCAUUUCUUCGACCAACAUUCUAGUUCCAUUACACAGGCCAUUUUCUAUAUUCAAAUUUCUAAUCAACAUAACUAUGGCAUAUUUCUUCAAUCUUAACUCAUGUAAUGGAAACCCAUUUGGGCUCAAUGAGUUCAAAUACUCAUCCAAAUACUCGUCUAAUACUUGUUUCUCUUCAUUCUCGGCUUUGUCUAUGCUCUUGUACAACGUUUCGUUGCCAGGAAGCAUAUUCAAAACCCUAUUAUUCAAAUCUCUCACGUCGACAUUUUUCGGCGCAACAAUAGCCAUAUUGGCCAUCUUAUUCCAAUCAUUAUCUAUAAUCACAUUUCCAAAAAUCUCUUCAGCUAGAUCACCAGUACUAAUAACAUCCAGUGGUAAUACCAACUGGUCAGUAUCAAUAUUCCGUUCUCCGGAACCAAUUUCUAAUAAAUCCUUAGCAAAUCUUUUUUCAGUUUCUAAGGCUCUCAUAUUCUUUGUCAACUUGAACUUCCUCACAGAAGCCCAAUAUUGA